GCAUCUUCCUCACUCUCCCAGGGCCAUCAUAACAGCGACCCAGGACGGCUAUAGCGGCCCGAGACGGACGCACAGGGUGCGAAGAGACUGUCGGAAUCGCCUUGUGGCGGCUACUAGAUAGCAUAACGUGAACGACCCGAACGACAAAAAUAAAGAGCUCGGCAACAUCAUUCACUUGAUCUGUAUCCGCCCCGUAGGACAGUGUGCAGUGUCGUGCUCUUAACGAAGAGAUCGGGGGAAGGAGAAGAGGAGCGAGAAGAUCGGGGCGUCAGACAACAUGGCCAUCGAUUUGGACGCCUGCAUCGCGCACCUGCUCCAAAAGCAGCUGCUGGGCGAGGUUUUGAUACGCGAGAUCUGCGAAAAGACAAAGGAGCUUCUGAUGCGCGAGAGCAACGUCGUGCACAUCGCUUCCCCCGUCACUGUUGUGGGAGAUAUUCACGGACAAUUCUACGACUUGAUCGAAAUCUUUCGGAUAGGUGGCUAUUCCCCGCAUACCAAUUACCUUUUCCUCGGAGACUAUGUUGAUCGAGGGCUGUUCUCGGUCGAAACGAUUUCACUUCUUACCUGCCUCAAGCUUAGAUAUCCUGACCGAGUCCAGCUGAUCCGGGGCAAUCACGAAAGCCGAGCGGUGACGCAGUCAUAUGGAUUCUAUACGGAAUGCCAAAGAAAAUACGGAAACGCCAACGUGUGGACCUACUUUACCGACAUGUUCGACUUCCUCACGCUGUCCACCGUCAUUGAUGACGAGAUCUUCUGCGUCCAUGGCGGACUGUCUCCCUCUGUGCACUUUGUUGACCAGAUCAAGGUCCUCGACCGCUUCCGAGAAAUCCCGCACGAAGGCCCCAUGGCCGACCUCGUCUGGUCGGACCCGGACCCAGACAAGGAGGAGUUUGCCAUCUCGCCCCGGGGAGCAGGCUACACGUUUGGCUCGUCGGUCGUCAAACACUUUUUGCAUCGGAACGGCAUGAACCACAUUCUUCGCGCACACCAGCUAUGCAUGGAAGGCUUUUCAGUCCUCUACGACGAUCGGCUCAGCACGGUCUGGAGCGCGCCGAACUACUGUUACCGGUGUGGCAACAUGGCGAGCAUCUUAGAGCUUGGUCCAGGAGGUACCAAGCACUUUAACACCUUUGAGGCAGCACCAGAAAACGAGCGGGACGGGCCGACGCAGGCUGCCCAGGCCGCACAAGCAGCAGCGGCCAAUCCCGAUGCCAAACCCCAAGUCGAGUAUUUCCUCUAGCAAUGUCGCCUCGCCAACAUUAUUCGUUUGCAUCUCAUCUUCAAGCUAUCACACCAUCAUUCUGUAAAAGUACCUCUUCUCUACUUCUUGAAGAAGUGAGGACAUAGGGUAGUCGGCCCUUGAAUCAAUACCCUCCUGAGCAGCCAACGAGAGCG